AGCUUAAGUUUUGAGUUAUUUUCUUGAGCUAUAUAAUAAAGUGAGUCAUACUUUGUUUUUCUUGAGUUUCUUAAAGAUCUAUUUCAAUACUUGUGACAUUGACAAAAUAGUUAUUUAUGCACUAAAUUUAGUAAUAUUUAAUACUGUAUGUAAUCAAAUAUUACUUCCUAUAUGGCUAUAUAUAGAGGAGAUGAGAUCUCUAUAUUGAGGCUUGCAAACCGAACACAUAUAUAGUACUACAACACAAAACAUGGCAGUUUCAACACAUCAUCAGGUGGUUCUCUUCCCUUACAUGGCAAAAGGCCACACCAUCCCUCUCCUUCAAUUCGGUCGUCUCCUCCUCAGUCACUACGGCAAAGAACCAACCAUCUCCGUCACCGUCACCGUCUUCACCACUCCCAAGAACCAACCAUUCGUCUCAGAGUUCCUCUCCGACACACCGGAGAUCAAAGUCGUCUCUCUCCCUUUCCCGGAAAACAUCUCAGGGAUCCCUCCCGGCGUCGAGAGCACCGACAAGCUCCCUUCCAUGUCACUCUUCGUGCCAUUCACGCGGGCCACGAAGCUUCUCCAACCAUUCUUCGAAGAAACACUCAAGAGUCUUCCACAACUUUCGUUCAUAGUCUCCGAUGGAUUCCUCUGGUGGACAUCCGAAUCUGCGACUAAGUUCAAGAUUCCUAGAUUGUUUUUUUUCGGCAUUAACUCUUACGCCUCUGCCGUCCUCAACUCUACUUUUCGUCACAAAGUCUUUACCAAACCGGAAAUUAAAUCUGUGACAGAACCAGUCACUGUACCGGACUUUCCAUGGAUCAAGGUUAAAAAGUGUGAUUUCCACGAUAUACCUAGCGAUCCAAAACAAUCAGGUCCAGCUCACGAACUCUUUAUGGACCAAGUGAUGGCGAACAGCAAAAGCCAUGGGUGUUUAGUCAAUAGCUUCUACGAGCUCGAGUCAGCGUUUGUUGAUUACGAGAAGAACAAGUCGGAUAGACCAAAGUCGUGGUGUAUAGGACCACUGUGUUUGACAGAUCCUCCUAAACCGGGGAGUGCUAAACCAGCUUGGAUCCAAUGGUUGGAUCGGAAGCGAGAGGAAGGACGUCCGGUUUUGUACGUGGCGUUUGGAACGCAGGCAGAGAUAUCGAACGUGCAGCUCAAGGAACUUGCUUUAGGCUUGGAAGAUUCCAAGGUCAACUUUCUGUGGGUCACAAGACAAGACGUGGAAGAGAUUAUUGGAGAAGGAUUUAACGAUAGGAUAAGAGAGAGUGGGAUGAUAGUGAGAGAUUGGGUAGACCAGUGGGAGAUAUUGUCACAUCAAAGUGUUAAAGGAUUCUUGAGCCACUGUGGUUGGAACUCAGCGCAAGAGAGCAUAUGCGUUGGGGUCCCUUUGUUGGCUUGGCCGAUGAUGGCAGAGCAACCACUCAAUGCAAAGUUGGUUGUGGAGGAGAUAAAAGUUGGAGUAAGAGUUGAAACGCAAGACGGUAGUGUGCAAGGAUUUGUGACAAGAGAGGAACUAAGUCGAAAGGUUAAAGAACUAAUAGAAGGAGACACGGGAAAAAACGCAAGAGAGAGUGUGAAAGAAUACUCAAAAAUGGCAGAAGCAGCUUUGGUUCAAGGAACUGGUUCGUCUUGGAAGAAUUUAGAUUUGCUCUUAAAGGAGUUAUGCAAGAGUAGAGAGCCAGACGCCAAACGGUGCUAAUAAGUUGAGUGGUUGAGGACUGGAUAACUGAGCCGGGUUUAAACCAUAAUCAAAAUCAAUAUCCAAUAUAUGAUUAUGAGAUCUUGAAUAAUCGGUGUAGUUGAAAAAUUGUUUACUACGAACUAAACGUGUGGAAUAAACAUUGAUCUUGAAUAAUUGACUUUUUCAUUCGA